GCCCCGGGCCUGAGCAGCGGAAGCGGGCAGCGCUCGUGCCUCCCGCCUCCGGCCGGCCGGAGCAUGGGGCGCUGAACAUGGAGGGUUACCGGCUCUUCCUGGCGCUGCUGGCGUCGGCGCUGCUGCUUGGUUUCCUCUCCGUGCUCUUCGCCCUCGUCUGGGUCUUCCAGUACCGCGAGGGGCUCAGCUGGGACGGCGCCGAGGCCGAGUUCAACUGGCACCCGGUCCUCAUCAUCACCGGCUUCGUCUUCAUCCAGGGGAUCGCCAUUAUUGUGUACAGAUUGCCCUGGACCUGGAAAUGCAGCAAACUCCUGAUGAAAUUCAUCCAUGCUGGGUUAAAUACCAUAGCUAUGAUUCUCGCAAUUGUGUCUCUUGUAGCUGUUUUUGAUUUCCACAAUGCCAAGAACAUUCCCAACAUGUAUAGUCUGCACAGCUGGAUUGGGUUGACUGCUGUUAUACUUUAUUCUCUCCAGCUUGUUUUAGGUUUUGCUGUCUUUCUGCUGCCCUUUGCUCCAGUUUCUCUUCGAGCAUCUCUCAUGCCAAUACAUAUUUAUUCUGGUCUCCUCAUCUUUGUAACAGUGAUUGCAACUGCCUUCAUGGGAUUUACUGAGAAGCUUUUAUUUGCUCUGAAAAAUUACAAAGCAUCUCCACCAGAGGGAAUUUUUGUCAACACUCUUGGUCUUUUGAUUCUAAUCUUUGGUGCUCUUGUUUUGUGGAUGGCAACCAGACCCCAGUGGAAGCGCCCACCAGAACAGAAUUCUAAACUUCAGCAGCCCAAUGGAGGCACAGAAGAAUCAGCUAUGACAGACUGCAGUAAGGCAGAGAAAGCAGAUGUGGAGUUCAACAGUGAAGCAGCAGCAAGAAAGCGCAACCUCAAACUUGAUGAGGCAGGGCAGCGGUCAACCAUGUAAAGAAAGUAUAUAGAACAACUGUAAUCUUACAUUGAUUUAAAAAGCUGAUCUUAUCUAGCUUUUAAUUACAUAAGGAUAUAAAAUUAUUUUAAAAAAAAUCUUAGUGUUGUUCAGCUUUUCUGAACACUUAUAUGAGAUGAAAAGGUCUUCAAAUUCCAGUAAGACUUGUGUUUGUUAGGCUGUUCCUUAUUAUAUAACUUUGUUACAAAAAUGAGGACAGGAAUUUUAAAAAAAUGUUGAGUUCUGUGCUUUGAAAAGAUUUAGAGUGUUUGGAAUAGGGACUGAGUUUUUAAAAAAAGGAUAUGAAGGAAAAAUAAUCACUUUUAUCCCAAAUCUUAAUUUACUUAAUGAACAUAGAGUUCGUUAGUUUCUUAGAAAAUUUGAUAUGAUUGAGCCCAAGUUCUGUGCUGACCUGUACUCUGAAUGGUGAAGAAUAAGAGUUGCACCUGCAUUUCAAAAGACAGAAUUUGGCUGUUAGCAUGUAAUGACUAUAAAGAUAGUGUUUCACCUGUUUUAAGGGCCUGAUGAUGGAGUACCCUUGAUUAGCUCUGAAAUCCACGGGAGUACGGGUCACUGAGCACUUUGCAGAAUUACACUAUAAAAACUUCUGCCCCAAAAGAAUGAAUUUAGAUAAAAUAAGUUAAGCAGAUAUUUUACUUCCGGAUUUAUGAAACUAGCUUGCUUUAGAUCAGCUUUCCAUUUAGAUCAGGGGCAGGCAAACUUUUGUAAACUGCAGGCCAGAACAAUCUGGCUCUGGUCCUCAUCAGUGACAGAGGGGUUUCCCUGUACCCAUGCCAGGGACAGACAGAUGGGAACUGUGCCCAUGCCGCCACUGCUUCUCCUAGCCCCCCACUUCCUGGCUGCAACAUGGGCAGUGAGAAGCUGUGUCAAGAACAGGCAUCUGCAAAAUAUGUCUGUGCUGCUGCUGCUUCUCCUCCUCCUGUUCCUACCCUGGCUACAGCACCAGCACAACUGGAAGCCGCCCAGCCCCAGAGUAGCCCCCCACUGGCUGGAAACUGCCCAAGCUGUAGCUGGGUCUGGAGGAGAAAUGGCAGCAUCAGGAUUGGGUAUAGUUGGCAAGUGCCCAGUCUCCAUGCAGCUCCCUGUCAGCUAGAAGCUGCACCUGUGCUACAGUCAGGAAGCAAGAGGAAGGACGCAGCUGCCCACUACCUGGCCCCAGGAGCAGGCAAAAUCUCCCAUGGCUGAUGUACACCAAAACCACCCGACCAAUACUGGACCAAAGCCAGGAAGACAGGGAAAAGCAUCAGCAUCACAGGCACAGGUGGAAGCUACCCAGCCUGGCACAGCUCCUUGCUACCCAGGCCCUGGGCAGGCACAGGUUGGGUACAAGCUAACCCUCCAGUUCCCUGGGCUGGGUUGAGUCUGUGGGCUGAAUGUUACUGACCCCUAAUUUAGGCUAUUCAUCAACAUUUAAACUGUUGACCAAAAAGUUAGGAACAGUGUCUAUCUAUCCUUAAAUAUACCUGCUUCUUACUGAAGACUAGGGCAAUUACAAGUAGAUAUCCAGGGUAAGACUGGAUUUGUUGUGAAGGUUAUGUAUAUGCCUUUUUUUUCACUGCAUAGGAUUAUAGAAAUGAUAUAUCAGGUAAUCUAAUUCUACCCUUCCUUCAUCAGAGGAGCUAAACACUCCUUAUGGAUUGUAAAUAAUAAUAUAAUUUUUAAAGCCCUUCUUUGCUUGGAAGAGGAAGAUAAGGAGAGCAGUACAACACCCAAUCAUUCAAACACCACACUAGAAGUCAGGAGAUGGGCUUCUAUUUCCAGCUCUGCCACUGACUCCAUUUAUUCUAGAGUGCACUCAUAUAAAGUAGCAUAGUGCAGAGAUACAUGAGCUAGCUUUAAACAGCAAGUUUACCUUGGGCUUUCUCUGCCAAGGAGCAGAGUAAAUGAGUCUGUAUUGAACUUCUUGUUGAUGUGGUUAGGUCAACUGAAAUAGCUACUUUAAAGUGUGUUCAGGUACCUGUAUAAUACUUUCCAGCCAUUUAUGUGCCUUCAGUAUAGACAUACAGUUAGUCUUUAAUCUAAGACAAACCUUGUUCAUAAACUGAAGAUGUAAAUAUUGCUUAUCUUAGUGAAUUCAUUUGUUUGUAAAGGCACUUUGCACUUCUAUAUAGCUCCUUCUAGUAAUCAGAACAUUAACACAUAUUAUUCUUACCUAGAUUUUCUUGUGAAGACAAAAAUAAAUACAGCUAGAAGAAUGGAAAAUAUUAUAAUACAUAGUAUAAUUAUAGUGGAUGCCUUUAAUUGAUUGCAAGUGUCUAAAGUGAUUAGCCUUUUUAUUAUGACCCUUUUGUAAUGGUUAAAAAGCAAAAUGUUGUAUUAGUAUACCAUAAUUACUCCAUAUUUACCACUAUUCAUGUUGCAAAGGGUUUUAGACCCUACACCACUUUGUUUCUCUGAAGACCAUUUUUCAUUUUGAUUUAUUUUUCAACUUCUUGCAAACAUUCAAACACAUUAGGGUCCUUCAAAUAUUUAAUCUUCCUAAUGCAAAGUAUUAGAUUAGCAUAAACAAUUCUGGUUAUUUAUUAUUUUGGGCCUCUGCCGAGACGAAUUAUGGCAGAUCCUGAUCUUGGGGUUGUAACAACAUUUAAUCAUUUGGUUACUACAGUACAAGAAAGCUAUUAUAUUAAUUCUUAUUAAAACUUAUUUGCAGUUCCAUCCGGCUAUUAAAGGCUACAUCCUUCAAUGAUCUAUGUGAUUGAAAUAGGUUAAACUUUUCAUGUGUGGAUAGCUGGUUGCCAUAUAUUGCAAUGCUGAUGUUUCCUUUUACAAAAUACAUAUGUUUAGGAGCUGAGCAUUGCCUACACCAGAGGUGUCAAAGAUAUGGCCCAAAGACCAGAUCUGGUCCAGGGAGCCUUGUCCUCUGGCUUACAGGGCAUCCCAUAGGGCUUGAAAUUUGGUGGGAGGAACAAUGGCAGUUGCAGCUCUAGGAGCCAAAGCAAUUGAUGGCACUGCCACCAAAUUUCUGGCCCUGUAGGCGGCUCUGCAGAAGAGAUGGCAUGUCUCCAUGUUCCAGGCUUGGCCCACAGACUAGCCCCACGUCACCCACCUAGUUUGCAAACUGGGACCAGAAUAGUUUAAACACUCUUGUUCUACAUGUUUGAAUGUAGAACUCCACUAUAAGAAGGGGAAAUACUUUCCCAUUCUGUAUUAGACCUCCAGUGCUGCUCUUUAGAAUGGAUGUUUUUAAAGUGUAUGCUAGACAUGUUAACACUUCCACAAAAUUAUCUGGAUUCAUUAAGAAAGAGACCUUGAAAAACUUUACUUUAAAAUGAAAAGGGACUUUAGAGUAUGGCAAUGUUUGCUAAGGCGAGGAAAAAACACUUGGUGUCAAAGUUGACUGUGACCAGUUUACAUGCCUCUACUAGAGCUGUGCAAGUUACACAUUAAAAAGGCAGGGUCACUACAUCUUGCACAAAGUACUUAACUGCACAAUCUUUCCUUGGGAUCUUUUUCAUAAUCUGCUCAAACUGCUGUAUGUAUAUGUUGAAUCAGUGAGUACCUGAUAACCUGGUUAAGACCCUUUAAAAGUUCAGCUGGAGGUGGGGUUGUGCUUGCUGUGGUGCAAUAUUAAUGCCUCUGAGGUGGUAUUGUUCUGCUCAUCCAUAGAACAAAUACAACACAGGAAGCAGCAGUUAAUGUACAUAUAUUGUCUUGCCAUUAUGUCUCAACCACCUGUAGAAAUGAGUACAGUUCAUUUUUAUGCCCAUUUGGUCUAUGGCAUACUGCUGAGGCUCUUGGUAACUGUGUGUGUGUGUGACAGUCACCUGUCCAGAAAUCGGAUGGGAAUAAACUCUUAUCAAAGGGUAUAUAACACAGUAACUCUUACUUUUUAUAACAGUUCUGAUUUGACCUGAACUAGAACAAGCAGCACAUUGGUAAAAAGUUUUAUAUUCUGUUAACAGUGCCUUAAGUCAUUAAUCAUUAUGCCCUUUAUUUUUUUAUUGCUAACUGUGUAUUAAUGAUAUGACUUUUCCCCCCUUUCUAUGAAACAUUCUUGAAACUGAUAGCAGAAAAUGUCUUCAAAUACAGAUGCUUCAAAGUUUUUCCCUCAGUCCUUGAACUUAAGGGAUAUAAGUCCUAAAAGGCAAUGAAAAAAUCCCCCAUCCUAAUUAUGAGUUAUAGGCUAUAUUAUACUGUAUAUUGAGUAGGUUAGCUUAGCACUUAUUGAGUAACUUACUUAUAACCAAGUAACUCCAGUUUUAAAAACACAGUCUCGCCUUAUUACCUAAGGACCAAAUGAUAUUAGGAUAUUUCUAAGAACAGUUUAAGACACUCUAAGAUUUGAAAAAUCUUAAAUCACAUAAAUUGAUUUAACAUAUUCUUGUUCUGGAGGAAAAAUGUGGCAAAUAAAGAAGCUGAAUUACCUUAGUACAAUGUUAUAUGCAGAAGUAAGAUUAAAAUCUAUAGCAACAUGGAAUUUAAAAGAAAUAUUUGCAAUAGGAAUUAAGACUCCAACUUCUUUCUUUGGGAGCUAGAUGUUUAAAGACCUUUUUAAAAGGAUGUGUUGCAUAGCUUAGGCCCCAACUUUGGUUUCAUAUAACAAAAACACAAAAAGUUACAAAACCUACUAGAAAGAGAAGAAUUUAAGUUAACUGCAGUGAAAACAGGAUGAUUAUUGACAGAUCUGUUCUGCAGUUCUAGACACUGAAAGAGGACAGCAUUUUAUACCUGGAUAAAUGAAACUGAGCAAAAGUAACGAAGACCAUUAAUUUCACUGCUCUGAAUGGGAAGGUGAUAAAAGCAUAAGCAAUGCAAGAUUAGAUUUUUAAAGAUCAUUUCUAUUUUGAAUAACUGAAUAGAUAGCAAAUUUUAUACAAAAAUGGUAAAUUGAGCCAAACCAAAUUGAAUAUAUAAUAACUAUGUAUAAUUUUCUUACUACAUACAACUAAGGUAAUUGAAUAUAAGAUUGUGUAGU